AAAUUUUGGAUUAGAGAUUAAUUUAUAUUGCUUUCACAUUGAAGUAUUACCUAACUAUCAAAUUUGAGUAGAUAUUUGCUUCUUUUUUGCCAUUCGCUUUCGUUCUUUUUAUCAUAAAAGUUCAUUUUGUCGUAUGCUUCAGUGAUAUUAACGUUUCUUCGAGUUCCUUCGUACAACUAUAGAAACCAAGUAUUCGAGACAAGACUUUCGGUGUGUUUGUGAACAUUAUCCAACUCAACAUGAACCGUAGUGUCUGUAGUCGUGCUAUUUGUGCUACUGCCCGUUGCAUCAAUUGUUCUAUACGACUCCUACCACCGAACUAUCGCUGGUGCACGUUACAAGAUGCAACUCAACCAAUAUUAAAUGUACUUCGUAGCUGGAUAUCACCAACGCCGGUUUCUCUUGAACAUAAACUGUGCUGGGAAUGCCAUACAUUACUACAGCAAGUACCUAAUGAUGAAUCUGCACAUGAACCUCAGUAUGGUCAUAAAAAUGUGUGCUAUGUUUGUGGUAUUUCUACUCUUCGCCAGGCUCGUACUCAUCCAGUGCCCCCAGAAGGCCCAGAAAGGGAUAUUAUUAUAGCAUUGAUGUUUCCUCAUCUGGCUCCACUUCUAACUAAAGUUUGCUAUGCAUGUUGGCGUGUUGCUAAACAUAAUGUCCAAAGGCAAAUUCAGCAAGACUCUACAAGUCCACAUAUUAGCUUUAGUGAGGAAGAAGAAAUUGAUGUUACAGACUCAUCAAUACUUUUGCCCCCACCACUUCUUCAAAAUAUGAUACCACAACCCAGAGGUCCAGAUGUGGAUCACUUGCAGUGUAAUAACACAAGUCGAGCUUGUCGGAUAUGCCAGUGUAAUGAGCCUAGCAAAAAAAUUUGUGAUUUAAAAUCCGAGGAAAGUAACGAGACUGGUGCCGAAAUUGUGUUAUUUUGUCUGAGUAUUCAGGUUGACGACAGUUUAACAACUUGUAAUGAGUUAUGUUCACAAUGUUAUGAGAAAAUAAUUUCUUUCUUCAAUUUUAAACAUUUUGCUCUAAAAAAUAAUACUCUGGAAAAUGACUUUAAAAGCCAUGAAGUAUUCUUGUCCUACAGUAAUAACCAUGAAUCUCCUGUAUGGAGUGAAACUGAGAUCAAGUCAGAACCUGAAAUAGAAGUAGAGGCAGAGUGUUCUCAGUCUGAUGAUGAAUUACUGAGUGAUAUUAAAAAAAUCAAAUACGAGUUCAUUCCAGAAACUAGUGAAACAAAGGAUAAUGGUAGGUAUCAUGAUAUUCAGGGUGUUUGACGGAAGGUUAGACAAACUUCAUGGGUGUAUAGUUAAAAUACUAAUUGAAAUGGAAAACCUCAAGACAAAUAGUGAUUUGUACGCAUUAUUAAAAACCACUAUGAAAGAUCGCGCUAGUUCUUUGGCUAGGAUAUUAGAGCUGUUUUCGCAUAGACUAUCUUCAGAUAAACAGAGACAACUAAGGAAAAAAAUAAAUAAUUUCAUUGACACUGUUCGUCGCAAGAAGAGGCAGUGUCAUUAUAAUGAGAACCAAUUUUUAGUUACAAACGUAGAUUGGCUUAGUCAAUCUGUUGAUUGGAGUCAGUUUUGUAGUCCGCCAAAUCCAUCUAGUUUACCUUCUUCUUCAAGUACUACUCCACAGAAUCAUUUUUUAGAACUAAGUGAUCGCCAGAAGAGACGUAGAACUGAUUAUUUAAAGAAAUCUCCCCAAGAGCAUAUCGAUUACUCCCCAAGAGCAUCAAAAAAUCUUAUAGAUUCCAAUGCAAAGUUUAUUUUUGAUUUCAUUCAAAAUCAUCCUGAGUAUAAUGAGGCAAUCAAAAGUUUUUGUGAAAGUCUAUUAUCAAAUGAAACUAAAUGCUCUUCGUCUGUACAAAAAUAAUGAUCUUACAACAAUUGACAUUAGAUCAACGGAUAGCUCCCGACUUAUUACCUAGGUAUUAUCAAAUAUAGUUAGCAAAACAGGAUUGUUAUCCGCCCUCUGAAUCAAAAAUUGUAUCAGAGGUUCAGGUAAAAAUUAGAUUACAAGAUAUUCUAGACCUGACUGUUUCAAGAAUAUUUAAAAUGACUAGUAUUAACACGGAGGAGUCUCAUAAAUACACAUUAAUACUAAAAUGGGGGUGUGAUGGUGCUUCUUCUUAGGCUACUUAUAAACACAGCUUCUCUGACCCUGGUUUUGAUGACUCAUCGGUGUUCAUGUGCAGUUUUGCAAAAACAUUAUUUUA